GCUGAGGCUCCGCAUCCUCCUCCUCCUCCUCUUCUCACACACACCUCUCAGUUACUGCUGAGCCUAGGCAGCACUAAGCACUUAGCUUGGAGCAAAGACGAGAGGCAGAGAGAAAAAAAAAACACGAGUGCUUCCAGCAUGUCAGCGGUUCACCCCUGCCGUCACUCACAGGUGGCAUGGAGCUUUGUUUGCCCCCUGCUGCUUCUCCUCCUCCUUCCCAGCAGAAGCAUCAAGGCCAUCCCUUCUCCUUUCCAGCUGGCUCCGGACACCCCGGCACCAGCUGAGCCCACCCCAACCCAGCCGACACCUCAUCCAGACCCGUGCGAAGGACGACCUUGCCUCAACGGGGGGCUCUGCCUGGCCCUUCCUUCUCCCCACAGAAUGGGGGAUACCUGGGAGUACACCUGCACCUGCAGCCAGGGCUUCACAGGACACAACUGUGAGUUUUUCACAGACCCCUGUGCCAGCAGCCCUUGUCUCCAUGGUAACUGCAGCCGGAGCGAUGGUGGGGAGGAGGGCGAGCCGUCCUACUCGUGUGAGUGUACCGAAGGAUAUGAAGGAGAGAGGUGCGAUCAGAUCUUACUGGACCUGCCGCCUGCCGACUGGGACCCCACUACCCCGUCUGCACCUGAACCAGCUACACCUGUAACUUCCACCACAGUAGCCACAACACAGCCACAACGACCAACCACAGUCCCUUCCACCACCACCACCACACCGUCAUCUCCCACCCUACAGUCCUGGCAACCCAAACCGGGCCAGAGGCUUCUGGUGGUACCGUGGGAGGCAGACAGAGUAAUGGAGGGUCUGCACUGUGUAAGCCCUGAGCUGUGUGAGCUGACAUCGGGAACUCUCACACUGUCUGUGGAGGUGCCUGAAGAGACCGCUGUAAAGGUGGUGGUGAAUGCCAGUGGAGCUCCAGUGCUGUGGCGAGUGAGUGAAGAUGGAUUUCUCCGUUCAUCAAUCCUGAACGGCACCACCAUGUGGUUCCUGCAGGCUUCCGAUGGACUGGUGUUGUCAGACAUGUUGCUGCCCCUGGGACAGAAUUACUUCCUCAGUGUCAUGCGCGUUGGCGCCCCCACAGCCCUGGAGGUCACCCUGCGCCUCAACCUGACGGUAAAGGCCAGCAGCUGUGUGGAGCCUGGCAGCAGCUUCAGUGACCCACAAUGUUCUGGGAAAGGGAAAUGUGUCACACAGCCUUCUGAGAGCACCUUCUUCUGCGAGUGUGAGGACGGCUUGACGGGAAUCUUCUGUGAGGAGUUCGACGCCUGCCAUCGCCGACCUUGUCGCAACAACAGUACCUGCACUGACGUCAGACAAGGCGGCGAUGGGAAAAACUUCACGUGCACCUGCCAACCAGGUUAUGAAGGGGAGCGCUGCCAGCUGCUGGUUGACCACUGCCUCUCUGAGCCGUGCAAAAAUGGAGCCACCUGUUUCAGCAGCUUGGCUGGGCCCAGGUGCUACUGUCCCGAAGGUUACCAAGGCGCUACCUGUGAGCAGAAGGUGGACCCAUGUGCCUCCAGCCCCUGUCACAAUAACGGUACAUGCUACCCUCAGGGUCCCGCGCCCCUGGGCUUUGGCUGCAGCUGCACAUCAGGCUUUACAGGCCCCACCUGUGCCCAGCUGGUUGACUUCUGUGCCCUGAACCCCUGUGCUCACGGCGUCUGCCGCAGCGUGGGCAAUAGCUACAGGUGUCUCUGCGUCCCAGGCUAUCAUGGUUUAUAUUGCGAGGAGGAGUACAACGAGUGUCUGUCUGCGCCCUGCCAGAACUACGCCACCUGCAGGGAUCUCAUCAAUGCCUUUGAAUGUGUCUGCACACCUCAGUUCGAAGGCAGACACUGUGAAAUCUACAAGGAUCCAUGUUUGAAUGUCCACUGCCAGAACGGAGGUCGAUGUGAGAGCACUGGAUUUAACGCUUCCUGUGCGUGCCCACCUGGGUACCAAGGAGAGAAAUGUGAGGUGGACAUCAAUGAGUGUGAGAGCAGCCCUUGUCACCACGGUGGCACCUGCAUCGACCAAUCAAAUGGCUACACCUGCCACUGUCCACCUGGGUGGGUGGGCCCCAGCUGUGAAAUCCACCUGCAGUGGAAGCCUGUCCACACCGAGGACACUCUGACCAACAUGCCCAGGCACUCCCUGUACAUCAUCAUUGGAGCUCUGUGUGUGGCGUUUGUCCUCAUGCUCAUCAUCCUCAUUGUGGGCAUCUGCCGCAUCAGUCGCAUUGAGUACCAGGGGUCGUCGCGCCACGCCUACCAGGAGUUCUACAACUGUCGCAGCAUCGACAGCGAGUUCAGCAAUGCUAUAGCUUCCAUCCGCCAUGCCAGAUUUGGGAAGAAGUCCCGACCUGCCAUGUAUGAUGCCACGCCCAUUGCCUAUGAGGACUACAGUCCUGAAGACAAGCCUUUGGUUACCCUCAUUAAGACGAAGGAUUUGUAAAACAUCUCAAACCUGCAUACACAAACACUUACGUAUAUGCUAAUAUAAGAAAAACAGUAUUUCCUAAAAAGAAAAACAGCAUAACAUCAAAUUCAAAUGAAUGUAAAGUAAAAAAAAAUGUAGUUUCAAAUCUGGAAUUUAUUACAAGUAUUUUUCUGUCAAAGUCAACAAGGCUUUAUUGUAGCAUAGCAGCAUACUUGGCAUAACUUAACUUAUAGAUGAUAGGCAACGUUACCAGUAAUCUCUGGUGUACAAUAGAAUCAUGACUUUAGUCUGCACCAGACUGUUGGUCUGUCAUCCAGAAAGCAGCAGAUCCCACUGACAGCAGCUACUGGAGGUGUUGUAGGACCAGCUGCACCUCACACAGUCACAGUAACUUUUUCUGUAUUAAGGAAAAUAAAACAGUAGGUUGCCUUACUUUGUGCAUGGUUAAAUUUGAUGUUCUCCUUGCAAUAUUUUCAAACCCUUUAUACCCGUUUGUUGUUUUUAUUUUUCAGUGCAGACGUAAUUCUCUGUCGAGAUUGUGCCAAAUGAUUUCUUAGAUUUUUUAUUUUGAUCUUUUUUUAGUGGUUAGCAGUUUGCAAUACAUAGUAGUAUAAAAUAUGAGUCUCAUAUAUACAUAUUUUUGUUUUUAUAAUAACCAUCUUGCUACUUACAUUCAGGUUCUUCAGUGUUUUAUGAGUGGUAAAGAAAUAGGGUCUGCUCAGGUGCUAAGACCCUAAAAAUCCUUCUGUGUGUAUAUUUAGAAAAGUAGAUGAAUUUUUCACUUUCGCAGAAGAAUAGUCAGUUUUACUCAGUGUACCAGUGUAAAAUUCCUCCUCCAGUCCUGACGGUGGUGAAUAGUUUCUGGAUACAAGAUAUUUUCUUUUAUGAGCUUAGUGAGCAGAAGACUGGUUAUAUUUUUUUAGGAAUGUUCUGUAUGUGCUUCUGUGUCCCGCGGGUGGAAAACUUCCUUUUUUUGCAGCUAUGUCGUUCCCCUCAAAAUCAAGCAACGUUUUUAUUAAUAGGCUCUGCAAAUAUCUAUAUGUCCAUCAUUUUAAACACAGCAGCAACACGGUUACCUGUUAUCUAUGUUGAAUAAUAAUCAAUAAAAAUUCCAAUGAACAAAA